AUGGCAGAAGGAGUUGAUCUCGGAAUUCGUGGAACCAUUCAAUCUGAAACUUUUGGCGGAAAGUUUGAUAACAAUUCAACCGAAUCAGAAAUUGCGACCAUCAACUGUGAAUGUAACGUACUCAAGAGAGAUUUCGAAGCGAAAAGGAAUGGUUGUGAAAUUCAUGAUGGGUGCGUCAAUUCGUUGUCAAAUACUGGUGAACACACUGUCAACAGGAGUGAGAGUACAAAAAGUGCAGAUGUUACAAUGGGCAUCAGAUUAUCGAACUGUCCUAAUUCCAGAGAAAUUGAAACCCUUGAAGCACAUUUUGGGAAACUGUUCCGAAUCGGUUCCUUGGGAGUCUAUGAUUGGACAGACGAAAUCCCGUCACAACCCUGUCGACUUGUACACGCUCACUCUCGAUCUACCCAAGAAGCCUCAAGCACAAUUGAGUGUCAAGGAACCGUGCGCCAUUUAUCUCAAAUUGCAACCUUUAUCGGUUGCAAGGUUAACACCAAUAGUGAUCCUAAAGAAUUAGUUUACUAUAUAGCAAAUGUUGCAGAACUCGGCUUUAAUCACAUAAUCCUCUUCGGGGAGACCGAAUAUGAAAUAAUAUUUUUAGACUGUUUGGUCGUGUUUUUAUCUGGGAAGACAUGUGUUGAAUGGCGUAUCCGCUUGGAAAUUCUCUUGAAGAAGCGCAAAAACGCCCAAUUGAAAGUAUAG